AUGAAGUUCACCACCGCCAUCCUUUCUCUCGCCCUCGCAGCACCCGCAGCGGUCUGGUGCGCGCCUCCGAUCCCCGCAGGCGGAGAGGUUGGAGCGUACUUCAAGCUCGGCGGAGCCGGCUGGGCCUGGCUCUGGACGACCAAAUCCGAAGAACCUCUCUGGCACCUCAAGGUCCUGACGAGCCAUGACGCCCAGUGGAGCCUCGAGCAGCUCAAGCCGGCCUCGCAGCAGUGGGUCCGCGUCGGCGGCCCCUAUGCUUCUGGCACUGACCUCGGUCCUGCCCAGCACGACGAGAUCGAGAAUGCCAUCCUCGACAUCGCUGGACGUAUUUCUACCUACUCGAUCAACAUCAACGGCAAACACCAUCUCCUCGAUCACGCCAUGCUCUGA